AGUCUUGCACAGGUGUACCGGCUCCUCCCCUCCAGUCUUGCACAGGUGUACCGGCUCCUCCCCUCCAGUCUUGCACAGGUGUACCGGCUCCUCCCCUUCAGUCUUGCACAGGUGUACCGGCUCCUCCCCUUCAGCCUUGCACAGGUGUACCGGCUCCUCCCCUUCAGUCUUGCACAGGUGUACCGGCUCCUCCCCUCCAGUCUUGCACAGGUGUACCGGCUCCUCCCCUUCAGUCUUGCACAGGUGUACCGGCUCCUCCCCCCUUCAGUCUUGCACAGGUGUACCGGCUCCUCCCCUUCAGUCUUGCACAGGUGUACUGGCUCCUCCCCUCCAGUUUUGCACAGGUGUACCAGCUCCUCCCCUUCAGUUUUGCACAGGUGUACUGGCUCCUCCCCUUCAGUCUUGCACAGGUGUACCGGCUCCUCCCCUUCAGUCUUGCACAGGUGUACAGGCUCCUCCCCUUCAGUCUUCACAGGUGUGCCGGCUCCUCCCCUUCAGUCUUGCACAGGUGUACCGGCUCCUCCCCUUCAGUCUUGCACAGGUGUACCGGCUCCUCCCCUCCAGUCU